UUUUUUCAUUAGGCGACGUAAUCUUUUCUUUCGUUUUCCUGAACUAAACAAAACUUUCUUUUGGAUCUUUCGUCUUCUUCGCAAUUUCUUUUCCCAAAAUUCCCAAAAUUCUUUGCUAAAAGAGCUAGGACUCAACUCUGCAAAACCCCCAAAUGGACGAGGUGGUGGAGGAAGUAGAAAAAGUGAAAAAAGAGUUUGAAGAAACAUACAAACAGACCCAACAACACAUCAAUUCCAUUAAAGAAUAUGGCAAAUCGACAAGAUUAAUUGCAGAAGAGAAAAGUUCACUCCCAAGAUUGAAUGGUGUUGCUCAAGAUGGAAUGAAUCUGCUUCAAUCACUUCAAUUCAAGCUUGAUCUCUUAGCCCCACAACUCCCUUUGGAUGAUCAAGUUGUAAAGACUCAGUCUUUGGCUCAAUCUUGGAAAACCCAAAUCCAAAGCUUGAGGUUGAGUUUAAGAAAUGCUAAUUUACAAGCAAAGGCAAACAUGAGGAAAGCUGCCCAAGAAGAGAGGGAGCUUCUGUUGGGAGGUGGAGAAGAAUCUACAGUUCGCAGGCGAAAUCUACAGACAAAAGCUGGAAUGACAUCUGCAGCUGAAAGCAUUACGGAGAGCCUGCGCCGCACUCGCCAACUUAUGGUUCAGGAGGUUGAAAGAAGUGCAAGCACUCUAAUGACAGUUGAUGAAUCAACAGGGGUAUUAACGAAAGCUGAGAGUGAAUACAAAGGCCACCGCUCCUUGCUAACAAGAACGCGGAGCCUUCUGUCCACAAUGCAACGGCAGGACGUUCUGGACAGGGUGAUACUGGUUGUUGGAUUUGUUAUUUUCUCCUUGGCCGUUCUUUAUGUGGUGUCAAAGCGUAUUGGCCUGCUCAAGUUGCAGCGUAAGCUAAUUCAAGCUGUGAAGGCUGGUACAGCUGGACAGGUGGAGAUAGUACCCGGAGUUGGUAGAGAAGGUGCAAAUGUUGCUCAGGUUCAGAUGAAUCCUGCACCUGAGUUAAAUGUACCCUUAGAACAAGCAAUGCAUGAUGAACUUUGAAUUCCUUUUUGUUUUGUACAUUUUUUGUUACAUGCAAUUUCAUCUAUGAAGCUCCAUAUCUUGGUACAGCAUUACAAUAACAUAGUUUUGUGUUCUUUUGUUUUUUCUAUUAUUCACAGCUUGCCUUGGUCCCUUCA